AAGGCCCGUUUCCUUGAAAAGAAAAUCAACUAAAACCCGCAUCUGUCUGUCGCCGCUCGCCACCUUUACGUUAGAAGAAUUAAAACCCUAGCUUCUCCAUUGCUCCUGCCACACUAGUCCGAGCUCUGCUUUGCUCUUUGCGUGGCCGUCGCGAGAAUCGCCAGCAACCAUGUUGAAGGCAAAAACCCCCAAGAAAGGAAGGAUCAAGCGCGAGCUCGAAAAACGCGCUCCAAAACUUGUUGAAACUGGGAAGAAGACCCUGAUACUUCAAGGUACAAAGAUGAGUCGUGUAUUGAAUGCUGUUUUGGCAGAUUUGUAUCAUCUAAAGAGAGAGAGUGCCAUCAGAUAUACCCGCAAGAAUGAUAAUAUAAGGCCAUUUGAGAGCGGCGGCGAAUCUUCCUUGGAGUUCUUUUCUCAAAAAACGGACUGCAGCAUUUUUUUGUAUGGUUCCACCUCAAAGAAACGGCCCGACAAUCUUGUAAUAGGGCGAACCUAUGAUCACCACAUAUAUGAUCUUGUAGAAGUAGGGGUUGAAAAUUUUAAACCCAUAUCAUCAUUUACAUAUGACAAGAAAGUAGCUCCACAUGUGGGUUCUAAACCUUUCAUUGCUUUUCUUGGAGAAGGAUUUGAAAGUGUAGAUGAGUUGAAACAUUUGAAGGAGGUUUUGCUUGAUCUCCUGAGGGGAGAGGUGGUGGAAAACUUGAACCUUACUGGUUUGGAUCGUGCAUAUGUAUGUACAGCUGUUUCUUCAAAUCGGGUAUUCCUUACUCAUUGUGCAAUAAGGCUAAAAAAGUCUGGCACAAUAGUUCCUCAUGUUGAACUGGUAGAAGUUGGGCCUUCCAUGGAUUUGGUAGCUCGUCGUCAUCGUCUUCCUAAUGAAAGCCUAAGGAAAGAAGCCAUGAAAACAGCUAAAGAUCGGCCCAAGAAGAAGAUUAAAAAUGUUAGUGCAGAUGCCAUACAAGGGAAGGUUGGAAAGAUUUAUAUUCCUGAUCAGAAGAUUGGAGAUAUGGCACUACCUAACAAAUCAAAAGGAGUGAAGAGAGAGCGUCGAGAAGCAAAGAUGAAGAAUGGGAAUAAAGAGCGUGCUUCAAAAAAGCAGAAGGAAGAUUCUGAAUAAAUCAUUUUGACUUGCGGGCUACAUCUAUACUUAUUCGCUGUUGCUCUUCCUCUAAAAAUUUUCUUUUGCAUUGUAGCAUUCUGAUGAAAUUGAAAUCAAGGGAGAAGUGUAGGUAUAAGAGGCGUGAGAUUUCUUUACUUGCUUCGCUAUACAUUUGUUUGCUCAUGAAAUUUUAGUUACUCUCAGAAAUAUAAUGCUUCAAGUCACAAAUGCUAAAGAAUAGUGUUAGCAGGUUCAUUUUUGUGCAUGUGCCUUGUAGUUGAGAACUUUUUAACCCUGCUCCCAGUGUUAAUACGUCUGCUAUUUUCACCUGGGAUCUAUUACCAUCUUGUGUUCAGAUUGAAAAAUUUACAGCUUGUCAUUGCUUCUUGUGAUUGGAGCUCAAGUUUUCAUCUCAA